CACCCAUUCCACCUCCUUCCUCUUUUAGUCUCAUUCACAGUGGGAAGUGACUGAAGGAGGAAGUGCCAGGGUGAGAGUGAGCGAGAACAGAAGGUGGCAGAUGAAGGAGUGGAGCCUGUAGCUGGCUCUUGCUGACAGCCUCAACCAAGGGGACCAGUGCGAAGAGAAAAUGCACCUGCUGACACUCUUCCUCCUCCUCUUCUGGCUCUCAGGCUACUCCACUGCUGGGGAUCCAAUCACUGGUCCAGGAGCAGCAAGUGGCCCAGAGCAGGGCUCACUGACCGUGCAGUGUCGUUAUGACCCAGAGUGGGAAACUCACAAGAAGUGGUGGUGUCGAGGUGCUGUUUGGAGCAGCUGUGAGAUUCUUGUCAGGACCACUGGAUCAGAGCAGGAGGUGAGGAAGGACCGUGUGUCCCUCAGGGACAAUCAGAAAAACCACACAUUCACUGUGACCAUGGAGGAGCUCAGGAGAAACGACGCUGACACUUACUGGUGUGGGAUCGAGAGAACUGGAGUUGACCGUGGGGUCCCAGUUAAGGUGGCCGUUGACCCAGCACCAACCACAGUGUCGACCGCAGCCCCCACCACCUCCACCUCCACCACCAACACGGUUACAGGGCUGGUCAUCCCGGAAAAGACUGACGGCUCCUCGACGCUGACCAGCUAUCCCCUUGGUGACAGAGCCCCCAGGAGUGAAGUUUCCCGGGCUGCAAACCACAGACCUUCGGGUCAUAAGGCUUGGCAUCACGAGGCUCAGCAUCCUCAUUCCCCUCAUCUUUGCCAUAUUGCUGCUUCUCUUGGUGGCCGUCUCACUCCUGGCUUGGAGGAUGGUGAAACGCCAGAAGAAAGCAGCUGGGAUGCCUCCAGAGCAGGCUCCCUUUCCGAGACAGGAAGUUUCCUAUGCAUCUCUGACUUUGGACAACGUGGAUCAGGAGCCGACCUAUAUCAACACCGGCCAGCUCAUCCCCCACAUCCCCGGCACGAGCCACGUGGACCCCACGGAGUACAGCACCCUCAGGAGGUCUUAGCCUGGAGCCACUCGAGGCCCGUGAGCGGCAUCCUGCCUUGUCUGCCUUCUACCCUCGCCUGCCUCGCCAGGACAAACACUGGCUGUGGCCUCUGCCUGGUCAGCCAGCAGCGUCCCCAGCCCUGGGGCCUAGUCUCGGGGGGCUGCUGGGAGUUAGGGGUCUUUUUGCAUCCUCCCCUCUCCCACAGAGCUGGAGAGGGGGCUGGGGAUGUGCCCUGGGGCUUCCGUUGCAAUAACAACCAUGAUAAUGAUUAUAAUGGUAAUUAACCUUUAUUUAUUGCCCCCAAAGGUAUCUGUGUCCUAAUCCCUAGAACCUGUGAAUGUCACCUUCUGUGGCACAGGGGACUAUGCAGAUGUGUCUGAGUGAAGGAGUCUGAGGAGGAGAGAUUGUUCUGGAUGAUCCACGUGGACCCAGAAUGUAAUCACCAGGGUCCUCGGAGGAGGGAGGUGGGAAGAUCAGAAGAGGAGGAGGCAGAGCCGCCAGGAGCACGGGCUGGAGGGCUGAGGCCGAGGGUGCCGCGGCCUCCCGCAGCUGGUGCAGGCAGGAGGCUUCUCCCUGUGCUUCCAGAGGGAACAGAAAGGAGCACCUUGACCUGAGCCCAGUGAAACUGAUUUUGUACUUCUGGCCUCCAGAACUGCAGGACAAUAAAUCUGUGUCGUUUGUAAUAA